AUGUCGUCGUGGGAGAUGCAACUAGUGGAAACGGCUAAAGAAGAGCUCGAGAUCCUUCAGAGUCAAUAUCCAAACCGCUACGCCUACCUCAAAUCCGACCUCCAGUCUUUCAUUUCCAACCUCCGUGAAGAUCACGCGCCGCCGCUUGCUUCCUCCUCCUCCUCCCCCUCCUCCGUCAUCCUCACUCAAGAGUCAUCAAAUUGUAAGAAAAAGCAAAAACACAAGAAGAGAAAGUACGUCAAGGAAAAUGUUGGAGAUCAAGCAUCUUCGUCAUCAUCAUCAUCGUCGUCAUCAACGAAAAAGAUCCACAAGAACAAUACCGAGAUGGCUCAAAGAGUGGUCACGAAGAGAAAAAGUAGAGUUGAAAUGGUUCUUGAAAGGGCUCAUCUUUGUCUCCAGAAGAUAAGAGACGUAAAAGCCUCUCUGUCUUGA